UGGGAAAAAAGAUAACGGCCAUGAAAGAGUAAGAAGUAAGAACUAAGAAGUAAGAACUAAGAAGGCAUCAGAUUUGGAUUCUUCCCAGUCUUCUUGACCGAUCCUUUCAACCCCGAAACUGCCACUGUGUAAGGCGUCCUCAUGUUCCAUGCUUGCACGUUGAGGGAGCUCUUUGUUCGCUUCGCAUGGCGUCGAAAUCCUUACUAGUGCAGCCAUGUGCAAUCUGUUGCUCCGGGAAAUGGCUUGGAAGUGGAAGCUUCACUGAAAGAGCUUAUCGAAAUGCUUUGAGUGGAAGAAUGAGAUUCAGGUUUGCCAUUUCAUUGUUGAGAGUGGCGAAAUUUAGCACUCGAUCAAAGCAAAAGAAGGCUGGGAAAGUAGACAGCAACACCAUCCAGAGUGUCGCUGACAGUGACAGGUCGAAUUUUCUUAAGGUCCAAGCUUUGAUGGACUAUGAUGGUUAUCGUGAUCUCAUUGGGGAGGAGAAUGCUAACAAAAUAUUUGGGCGGGAUCUCAGAAAUGCAGUUGAUGAUUUUGAUAUUUCGUUUGCGUGUAGAAGAUUUCCUUCUCUUGUCAUAGGCAGUUCUGCUCCUAUUGAGUUAUAUGGAGAGACCACACACAGUUCGGUAAUCGAGAGCCUAUUAGCCUCAACAGACCAUAAGGGUUUUAUUCCAACUGCUAUGGAUACAAAAUGGCUGGAUCCUGUUAAUCCUUUUGAACAGUUGCCUUCUGUGCAAAACGUUCCUGAUUUGCACUCUUCCAAUUCAGAAGAACUGCUAGAUGAAAAUUCAAGUACUACAAGUGAAGGAAAUGAGGAAUUUGGAGAAGGGUUGAAUAGCUUGCCUUCGUUUGUUGAGAAAUCAGAUUUGGAAAAUGAAGAAAUGUCAAGUGAUGUAGUUAUUGGGGGCGUUCUGGCUGGCAAGAAAAGUUCUCAGCUAAAACAAAACGGCUCAUCUCUUGAUGCAUCUCUGAAUUGUGUGCCUGGAGUAACUACCAGACAAUGCCAUCAACUAGAAAACUAUGGUUUCUACACGCUAAGGAAAUUGUUGCACCAUUUUCCUCGUACCUAUGCUGAUUUGCGAAAUGCACAAGUUGGGGUGGUGGAUGGUCAAUACCUAAUAUCUGUUGGGAAAGUCUUAUCUUCCAGGGGAGUUAGAGCAGGUUCUUCCUUUUCAUUUCUAGAGGUGAUUGUGGGCUGUGAGAUCUCAAAUGAGUCUGCGCAUACGUUUGGUGAUUGUCAUGGUUUGGAAAAGAGUACCAUUUAUUUGCACCUAAAGAAGUUUUUCCGUGGCACUCGUUUCACUUUUCAACCUUUUCUCAGACGUCUUGAAGAAAACCAUAAAGUUGGGGAACUUGUUUGCGUUAGUGGAAAGGUUAGGAAUAUGCGGAUCAAGGAUCACUAUGAAAUGAGGGAAUACAACAUUGAUUUGUUGAAAGAUGAUGAAGGUUCAUCUGCACGUGCUGAAGGGAGGCUAUAUCCUAUUUAUCCUUCAAAAGGACGCUUGAAUCCUGACUUUCUCCGAGACAUUAUAUGGAGAUCCGUGCAAGUGUUGCCUUCCAAUAUUGAUCCUAUCCCAAGAUAUAUCACUCAGGGCUUUGGCGUUUUGCCCCUUGGCGAUGCAUACUUGGGGAUUCACCAACCGAAGACUGUUGAUGAUGCUGACUCUGCUCGUAAAAGGCUGAUAUUUGACGAGUUCUUUUAUCUGCAGUUGGGCCGCUUAUUCCAAAUGCUUGAAGGUCUUGGCACACAGAGAGAAAAAAACGGAUUGUUGGACAAGCAUAUGAAACCAAAGUUAGAUACUGUUCCUGUGGAGCAGUGGUCAAAUCUCACGAAGGAAUUUUUGAAGACCAUUCCUUAUUCUCUUACUCCAAGUCAGCUAACUGCUGCUUCUGAAAUUAUUUGGGAUCUAAGUAAGCCGGUCCCCAUGAAUCGACUCUUGCAGGGGGAUGUUGGAUGUGGGAAAACUGUAGUUGCUUUUUUAGCAUGUAUGGAGGUCAUUGGCCAUGGCUAUCAGGUUGGUUGCGUUUAG